UCACAAAGACCGAACGAGCGCAGAUACGCGAAAACCCAAGUGCUGUCACCCUACCAGAGGAUGGCACCGAAGCCUUUGCCGUGUGCAUCGACUGGUGCUAUACUCUUGCGCUUACGACAUAAUUUGGUUCUGCUCCGUCACCGCGGAAAAGGAAUUUACUGGCGAGAUGUUACCAUCUUGGGAGAAACACUUCCCGAUGUCGCGUUCAAGAAUACGGAAUUGGCGGGUUUGUUGCUCCGGGCGUGCCACGUGAGGUUUGACUCACCUGCACACCAACAUAGUUGCCACGCUAUGACCACUUUCAAGAGACCCUACGAGUCACGCCGUUCGUCCGUCCAACAUUUCACGCACUACUUCACCAUUCAUGCUCGACGAACCCGUACUUCACUUUCACUUCCUGUCCCGCUCAGCCCCCGUCUUUAUCGCAACCGCCAAACUCUAACCCAAAAAGACUCAGCAGAUUAAUCGCAAUGGAACCUGACCCUCGCGUCCCGGUGUCCGGCAGCAAGAUUGAUUCCUUAACCAGCGAUGUUAUCAAGAUCUCCGUAGGAGAAUCUGGUCAAAUCUUCCAUGUACACCGAAGCCUGCUCUGCUCGACCUCCGAUUUCUUCCAGAAGGCCAUAAAGCAAGAGUGGGACACACUUCGAGCGGAAAGUGGCCUGAUUACCCUAGCCGAGGACAACCCUGCCGACUUCAAGCUCUACGUCCAUUGGAUAUACUACAAAACGUUGCCAACGACGAUCGGCGUGAAGGCAUCAGACGAAGAGGUGUCCACACUGGUCCGCGCGUACGCCUUGGGGGAAGCAAUCAUGGACAUCGAGUUCAAGAACACUGUAAUCGAAGCCUUGAUUUCUAUCUUCGCUCAGGAGGAUCAAUCCGCCCGAUGCUUCCCGAGUGGCGAUGAUGUCUCCUUCAUCUGUGAGGCUUUACCUACAUCUUCACUGCUGCGGAAGCUGGCUGUGGAUGCUUAUGUAUAUAUUGGUUUUUUCACUGAAUUCGGUUAUUGGACCAAGCGGAUCGAGAAGUGCCCUAAGGAGUUCCUCGUAGAUGUCGCUACGGCGCUAUUCAAACGACCGAAGCCGUCUUACGAGGAACGUCCGUGGGUAGCCUCCAAGCAGCAAUACCUUGAGGCAAAUGCGCGAGACGGGGGAAAAGAUCAUGAAUAAGUCUGCUUCGCAGACGACACUGGCGAGCUAUCAAGGGGGC